AAAUUGAGCAACUGUCAAAUAAGAGGGGAAUUUUGCUCAAAAACCACAUCAGCUGGAAAAUGUUGAGAGAAAAGUAGUGAAAAGUGCUAAAUUUUUUCGUGAAAAUGAUCCUUUUUCCCAAGGAAGUAGUAUUUGUGGUUUGUCUGCACCUGGUAGCAGGCCUGGAUGUGGAUUUCAACAAGGGAUUCGAUGACAAUAUCCUGUAUAAAAUUAACUGGCCAGGAAAAAUUGAUGACUUGCAAGAGCAAGAUGUGGAAGGUGCGGAGCCGAUGUUUGUCACGACGUCCACGAAGGAAAAGUAUAAAUGCAUGAUUCCGCCGGUUCUGCAGAAGGAGGACACGAGCAGUGCUCCGUAUCAAGGGCCAGGACCUCUUGAACUCCUGACGCCUCUUUUCGCCUCGGCCCAGUGCUCCAUCCGGAUUGAGAGCUACUGGACGUAUGAGGUAUGCCAUGGGCAGUAUGUCAAACAAUUCCACGAGGAGAGAGAUGGGAAAUCGGUAAAGACUCAGGAAUACUUCCUGGGCAAAUGGGAUUGGAAGACGGAGACGAAUAAAGAGGAAUCUGCUGAAGUGAAUCAGGAAAAUUCUGAUCACUUGCAGUACAAGAAGAUUGACAGCCUCAAUCUGCCCUACUUCGAAGUGGAAAUGGGCGAUGGGACAAUCUGUGAUCUCAACAAUGAACCACGUGUCACCAAAGUUCUGUACGUCUGCUAUGCCCAUGGCAAGAAUGCCAUCUACUCCCUCAAAGAAACUUCCACCUGCAACUACGAAAUGAUCAUCUUGACGCCCAAUCUCUGCUCCCAUCCAAAAUUCCGGCCUCAGGAAACCGGGGACAACAACAUCAAUUGCUACCCAGUCGGCACUGCUCCUCAGAAGCCACGGAAUCUUCUGGCCAUGGAGGUGGAAAGUAUGAAGCUGCGCUAUCAGAAACUCUCGAACGCCCACCAAAAUGCCAAGGACACUAUUGCUGUUUUUAAAGUAGAUGCAAAGGACGGAACACUGAGAAUGGAAAUCCUGCAGAAUGACUUCGAUGAGGAUGAUGUGAAUGAGAAUCUUGAGAGUCCGGUGGCUAAGAAGGUUACCAAGAUUAAGGAUACAAUUACGGAUACAACUCCUGUUGAGGCUUUCCUUCAGGGAAAACACUGUUUAACGGGGGGAACUGGUUGGUGGAAGUAUGAAUUUUGCUAUGGUAGGUAUGUUCGGCAAUAUCACGGAGAUACAUCCUUGAUUCUGGGCUUUUUUGAUGAAAAACUCCAUCGAGAGUGGAUUGAGAAACAUCCCCACAAGAGACCAAAGCCAAAGAAUGUCCGGACGGAGCUGACGCAUUUCUACCAGGGAGGCUCAGAAUGUGACAAAACGGGCGAGAGACGCGAGACAGAAGUGAAACUGAAGUGUCUGGAAAAUGCCGUUUCCAAGACUUUCGUGUCACUCUACUUACUCGAGCCACAGACUUGUCAGUACAUUCUGGGCGUAGAGUCACCGCUAAUCUGUGAGAUUCUGCAGAAGGCUGAUGAGGAUGGCCUUGUGCCAAGUGCUCAGAGUUCAGAGGACACCGAGGAGUACGUCGUGGGAAAUGCCAUCAUUGAGGAUAUGGACGUAAGAUUUGAAAAUGAUUGAGUCACGAAUGUAAAUAAAUUUCUACUUAUAAUUCA